GGCAAGCUUUGUGAAACAUAAAUUGCCUCAGCUCUUUGCAGCCAUGCAGCCGAAUGGAUACCAAGCUGAGGUGAUGGCUGGGCUACGCGAACGAAUAGAGGCGUUGACAAAAGAGAACUCUCGCCUGCGAGCACAGUGUGCAGACAAGGAGUUCGAAUCAUCUCAGCUGGAGAAGCAGUUGAGGCGGCUUGAGAGGAAGAUUGCGGCUUUUGACGCCAAGCCUUCAUCGACUGGCCUGGCCAAAGGCUUCUUGACUUCAGAGCCACCAACUUCGACAUGGCACAGAGAGAGAAGAUUAAAGCCCAAACCUGAUUUGGCGAAGCUGGCAGGUUCUGGUAUCAUCAUUGAUGGACUCACAGGGGAACAACUUGAUUUGAAGAGUGAGGAGAAGAACCUCCCCGCUCAAGCUGGUGCAUCGCUUGAGCUGGAGUUGAUGAAGGUGAUGCAAAAUCCUCCAGAGUGGAACUCGGAGUUUGAUUCUCAGCGGUAUGCCCAGCUUCUAGGUGAAGGUCGCAAGGCGGAGGCCGAGGCGCUAAUCCAAGCUGAAGGUGGUCCCAGCUUGAACCAGAUGCAGCAAGAGCCAAUGGAGUUCUUGAGGACACAUCCUGAACUGGACGUGAACUGGCACGAUCCGCGGAUGCACGGAUGCUCACUUCUGCAAUGGGCCUGUUCCAUGGGUUACGAAAACGUGGCUUCUGAGCUCUUGAAACGCCGUGCAGAUCCAACGCAUCGCUCUGCUGGUGUUUCGUGCUUGGCUGCAGCUUUGGCGCAUAGCUGGCCUGGUUGCGCGGCAUUGUUGCUGGGAGCUUCUGCUGAUGCGAACGAGGUGGCAGACCCUCAAGGCAAGCAGACUUUGCUGAUGUGGGCAUCUAGGAUUGACUAUGUGGAUUCAGAUGGCCGGGAUGUGGAAAGCCCGCUUGUGUCUGUGUUGCUUGGACAUCAUGCUGAUGUGCACCUCUCAGACGCACGUGGAAAGACGCCAUUGAUGCACGCCGCUACGCAUGGCAGCGCGUUGGCUGUGAAGGCUCUGCUAGCAGCCAGGGCAGACGUUGAUGCACAGGACGAUGAGGGAAACACAGCCUUUCAAUUGGCGCUGCAAUGCUACCACGGGAGCAUUGCGUCUUUGCUUUUGCCGCUGCAGAAGCAAAACAAAGCCGAAAGGGAAAAUGGUAAACGCAGUGUUCGGCGCUUGUUUGCUGACUUGCAAUUUUGACCCUGCAGCAAGCAUUCCAGGUAGAAACGAGACAUUCUGACACAUCAC